AUGAUUAAUCUAAUAAUAUGGAAAUAUAGAACUAUUUUAGCCGUAGUCGUCCUAUUUUCCUUUUUCGGAUCACAACAGACUGUGGGUGAACCAGUCGAAGUACUAACAAACCAAUGGCUUGUGGAACUCGACCAUCCUGGUGGACCAGCCAUGGCCAAACAAAUAGCCAAAAGAACAGGAUUCUCUUAUGUUUCACCGGUUUUGGGUUCAGAUAGUCUAUUUCAUUUUAAACAUAAAGGUGUUUCUACAUACAGACGAAAACGAAGCAUUCCACAUUCAAGAGUGUUAAAAGCACAUCCUUUAGUAAGAUCUGCCGUACAACAAACAGGUUACGUUCGAUCCAAGAGAGGAUAUAAAUCAUUAGACAGUAUAUUAGCCAAUUUAGACUUUAAACAACCGAGACGAAUUCCCACAGAUCCUGAAUUCCAUAAAGAAUGGUAUCUGUUGAAUACUGGCCAGAGUGGAGGAACUGUAGGGUUAGAUUUAAACGUUCUUGCAGCAUGGGACGCAGGUUAUACAGGAAAGGGAGUUACUACAGCUAUUAUGGAUGAUGGUAUCGACUACUUACACGAAGAUCUACGUCACAAUUAUAACGCCAAUGCCAGUUAUGAUUUCAGUAGUAAUGAUCCUUACCCAUACCCACGAUAUACAGAUACAUGGUUCAACAGUCAUGGUACAAGAUGUGCUGGAGAAGUAUCAGCAGCAAGAGAUAACAAUGUUUGUGGUGUUGGUGUUGCUUAUGGUUCUAAAGUAGCAGGUCUGAGAAUGUUGGAUCAACCGUUUAUGACUGAUUUAAUUGAAGCUAAUGCCAUGGGUCACAAACCAGAUUUGAUAGAUAUCUACAGUGCUAGCUGGGGACCAACUGAUGAUGGGAAGACUGUUGAUGGACCACGAAACUUGACCAUGAGGGCCAUUGUCAAGGGCGUCAAUGAAGGACGUAAUGGACUAGGUAAUAUUUAUGUAUGGGCAUCUGGAGAUGGUGGACCGAAUGAUGACUGUAACUGUGAUGGUUAUGCAGCCAGUAUGUGGACAAUAUCCAUCAACUCAGCUACCAAUGAUGGACAAACAGCAGGUUACGACGAGUCCUGCUCCUCGACCAUUGCUUCUACUUUCAGUAAUGGCAAGAGUUCCUCAAGGGAUGCUGGUGUGGCCACCACCGAUCUGUACAAUAACUGCACUGCAAGUCAUUCUGGUACCUCUGCGGCUGCACCAGAAGCCGCAGGUGUAUUCGCCCUAGCCCUUGAAGCCAAUCGAAAUUUGACGUGGAGAGAUAUCCAACAUUUAACAGUUCUGACAUCAAAGAAGAACUCUUUACACGAUUCCAACAACAUCCACAAGUGGAAACUAAAUGGAGCUCGUUUAGAAUUCAAUCAUCUGUUUGGAUAUGGUGUUUUGGAUGCUGCUGCCAUGGUUGAUCUUGCCAGUACCUGGAAAGGUUUACCAGAACGCUUCCAUUGUACAGCUGGUACUGUUGCUGAGACUAGAUCUUUCAGUUUCAACAAAUCGCUGAGAAUGACCAUUGAUACAUCUGCUUGCGCCGGAAGUGAGAACGAAGUAAAUUAUUUGGAACAUGUUCAAUCAUUCAUUACUGUUACCUCAACAUUCCGUGGCUGUGUAACUUUCUACUUGACUUCACCAAUGAACACAACAUCAAUGAUCCUGAGCCAAAGACCAAAGGAUGAUGACAGCAAAAAUGGUUUUACCAGAUGGCCCUUCAUGACAACCCACACUUGGGCUGAAGUACCACGUGGCCGAUGGACAUUGGAGGUAGUCAUGGAGCCUAUCCUUGGAUUGAAAUCCAACAUGGAGACUGGUGUAUUUAAGGAAUGGACACUCGUACUUCAUGGUACAAAGGAAGCUCCCUACAAGGACCAACCAGCUAGUAAGGAUCGUCACGAGAAGCUGUUCAUGGUGAAGAAACAUCACGAAGCUGGUGUGGUAUUCGAGUAG